AUGGCCGCCACCAACAGACAGAUCUUGACGCAGGGCGACCGGUCAUACGCCAAGAAAAAAACUAGCCAGUUUGGCGUGGAUGAGGUCUCCUACGACGCCGCCAACCGGAAGGAGUACCUGACGGGCUUCCGAAAGCGAAAGCUGCAACGAAAGGAAAAGGCGCAAGAGAAGGCCAAGGAGCAGGCGCGGCUGGACCGGAUCGCCGAGCGGAAAAAAUUGCGAGACGAAAGAAAAGGUGACCAGGAAAAGGAGCGAGCUCGAAUGCAGAAGGCCAUGAAGGAUAUCGAGAGAGCUCGAUCGGGCUAUUUCAGCACUGACGACGAGAAGGAUUCUGAUUCUGGCGACGAGUCUGAGGAUGAAGAGGAGGACGAAGAGGAGGACGAAGAGAAGACUUUAAAGAAGUCGAAAAAGUCGUCUAGCACUGAUGAAGACGACUUCUCCGACUGGGAGGGUAUCGAUAAGCCCGGAGUGCUCAAGAAGCAAAAGAAGAAGUACGUGGACGGUCAGGGAAAGAAAACCACGGUGACCAUUGAGGCCGUGUCCCUUGAUUCCGAUGAUGAGGACCAGAACAACACAUAUGUGGACAUGUCCAAGGCUGACGAGGUCUUGAAGGAAAGCUUGGACAAGGCUGGUCUGGCCGCUGUCUACUCCGGCAUGGCUGAGCCCAAGGUCAAGAAGCUGGUCAAGAAGACCAAGAAGAAGUUCCGAUACCUGUCUUCCACUGAACGAAAGAAGAACCUGGACAAGGAGCGAGCUCGAGCCAAGGCCAAGCGAACCAAGAAGGAGUAG